UUUUCUGUUCGUUCUGAUAUUUUUCGCCAAUGCAAGCUCUGUGUCGCGUGGCCCGUCGUCUCUAUUCGACGCAACCACCAGAACGGGCUGCCAGCGCUUUGCCAAAGCUUGCAGCUGCUGCUAGAGAUGCCUCAGCUCCAAUGGCCGUUCGUGAACGCCGCGCACGCAAACGGGCCCACCUCAAACCUCCUACCGACAGCGACCUCACCCUGUCAGAAUAUUCGGGCUACAGAAGAGCCCUUGCAAAAGGCGAGCUGAUGGAUCAGCGGGGGAGAGACAUGACAGAAGCUGAAUGGCUUGAUGCCCUCAAUGAACGACGGACGCGUCUUCGCGGUCUAAAAGUCACAGACAAGAAUGGAGAGAAAGAAUUACAGGUGGUCGGUCAGAAAAUUUAUCUCCCAAACAUCAUCUUCCGCAUGGUGCGCAACCACACGCCUACUGGAAAGCCCUAUAACCCCUACGAAGCCACUUUCCGAGUUCCAAUGUCUGUCACGAAAACCGACGUACGCUCAUAUCUAUCUGCUGUGUAUGGCGUUAAAACUACCUACAUCCGAACUGCCAACUACUUCUCCCCAUUAUAUCGCAUGUAUAAUGGGGCAAAGACGACACGAUCAUACCGAACAUACAAGCGUGCCGUCGUCGGCCUUGUAGACCCAUUCUACUAUCCUCAAGCAAUGGAAGACAUGACUGCAGAGGACAGAAAGAAACGGAUGGAAUGGCUGAACGAGAAGUUUGCACUGGAUGCAUUGAAGAGAUGGAGGAGACAUGAAUUGGUGCGGACGUCCUUGUCGGGGAGCAAGAACUGGCGCUUCACUGGUUAUCUGCGGAGGGAUAAGAUUCUCAAGGCAGUCGCCAGGAGUCGUUCGAGAAUGCAACGAGAAAUCGAGGACGUGAAAGAAGAGCUUGCUGACAAGCGGGCCAGGGGAAUUACCAUACUCUCUGACACUAAGAGGGGCUCGCAACUAAAUAAAUGGAUUCGGAGGGAGGCGCUUUUUGCUAACUAGAUCCAACAUUUCUAUAAUGUGAUACUUUUGUCGCAUUAAGGACUUUGAUGACUUUGUUGUGAGCCUAUCGGCGUUUGAUGUUUGCGCGACUAGCAUCAUGAUUGGUCACUAUGUUACCUUAGUACUGCAUUUCAUUCCUUGCCAUGCAUAUGCACAGUUAAUCAAUCAUCGCAUUUGUGCA